UAUAUGAUGUUUUCUUGAAUAGGGAGUAGUGCGAUUUGCUUUUGAAUUUUCCUCUUUUUCUCUUCACAUUCGAUAUUUUUCAUCACUGCACAAAGAGCGAUACGCAGUUUUUGAAUUUUCUUUGAUUUGCCAUUUUUUACUACCAGAUUUCGGAUCGGAUACACAAUUUGAAUUUUAAUGCAUUGGACAUAUUUUCUUAAUUAUCUGCACAUUGAGCUAGUCUUUUAGGAGAUUAGGUUAAUAGUUUAUCUUAUAUUCUUUUGGUUACUCUAGUUUCUCUCUUAUCUACUACUACACACUUAUCAGAUGCAAAUGUCCCGUAAUGUUACCGCGGCGUUGAAAAGUUAGUACAUGCUUUAGCCAUCUUUGUAUGCAGUUGUAGAGUGGUAGUUCAUACCCAACAGAGGAAAUGGCAGGAUCCAACGGAGAACGGAAGGCGCAUUUUGUUCUAGUACACGGCGCGGGUCAUGGGGCUUGGUGCUGGUACAAGAUCAAACCCAAGCUCGAGUCCGGUGGUCACAGAGUCACCGUGCUUAACCUCUCAGCAUCGGGCAUCAACAUGAAGGCCAUACAAGAUGUUCACUCACUUACUGAGUACUCUGAGCCCUUGUUAGAGUUGAUAGAAUCGCUCGCUCCAAACGAAAAGGUGAUCCUCGUAGGACAUAGUCUUGGAGGCAUGAACUUGUCCCUUGCCAUGGAAAAGUUCCCACACAAAAUCUCUGCUGCUGUUUUCUUGACUGCGUUUCUGCCCGACACAACUCACCAGCCGUCUUAUGUUAUGGAUCAGUUCUUGGAAAAGAAACCGGCAGAUUCAUGGUUGGAUACUCGGUUUGAGAAAUUUGGAAGCCCCGAACAACCCUUGACAUCGAUUUUCUUUGGUCCCAAGUGCCUACAAGAGAUUCUCUAUCAACUUAGCCCGAUCGAGGAUUUGGAACUUGCCAAGAGCUUAGUAAGGAAGAGUUCGUUCUUUCGUGAAGAAGUGGCUAAGAUGAAGAAAUUCUCGAAUGAGGAAUACGGUUCAGUUACACGAGUUUAUGUGGUUUGUGACAAAGAUUUGAUAAUAACUGAGGAAUUUCAACGAUGGAUGAUUGCAAACAGCGGGGUUAAAAAUGUGGUCGAGAUUAAGGGUUCUGAUCAUAUGCCGAUGUUUUCAAAGCCACAAGAACUAUCCAAUUCUCUUAUGGAGAUUGCCCAGAAGUAUGCUUGAAAUGUCAGUGAGCUACAUUUUAGGCCAGUUGUAAGGAGAAUAAUUUUGGUCACCAUGACUGUAAUGUUCCUACUCCAACUUAAACGUGCGUACUGCGUGUUUCUCUGUGAAUUUGCUCACAGUUUUAACUUGGCCUUUGUAUUUUGAAUUUGCAACGUCUUAAUCCUUGUAAUGUUUAAACUUUUCUAGUUUUAACUCUGAAAGCAGCCAAGAGUUUGUAUCAGUUCCAAAACCUUUUCAACGAAAAAGCUGCGUUGAUGCUAUGUAA